AUGGGCUUGUUCAACCACAAGAAACCGACUUCGCCUUCAGGCUUCUUCGUCGCGGAGACGACGCCCACAGAGGAGAAAGGUGACGUCCUCGGACGCUCCAAGUCGACCGCGAAGGACAAGGCUGCGAGUGCCGUCUCGGGCGCGGCAGAAGAGCGCAGGGCUUCCAAGGAGGGCGAGAGGGGCGUAGGCGGAUCAGGCGCGACUGGAGCGGCCGCCGCAGGAGCCGCUGCGGCUGUUGGAGGAGAGUCGGCGAGGGAAAGGAGGAGGAGCACGACUGAGGGCACUGCUGUCGCUGGAACCUCUGGGGUCGAGCGUGGCGCUGUCGCUGGAAACGCCGACACGACGACUGACGCCGCAAACAUCGACCCCGUCACCGGCAAGCCCAUCCUCCCUCAAGGCGUUCCCGUCUCGAUUACGGACGGCAUCCAGUCUGCCGAGGGUGGAGCACACAUCAAGGAGCACGCUCUCCCGCCUGGCCACCACCACGCUCAGCCGAAGACGGACGCGGUCUUGACGGAGGAGCAGGCGAGGACUGCGGAGCACGACCACAAAUACCUUCAGCCCGUCGUUCACGAGCGCCGGCACAUCCACCAGGUCGAGGAGAUCGAGCGCCACCGCGUUAUCGACCGCCACGUCCACCACGUUCAGCACCACGUCCAGCCUCUUGUCGACGAGCGCCAUCUUGAAGUUGUCCAUUCGUACCGCGAAGUCCCCGUCACCCACGUCGAGGAGUCGCACGCCAACACCGCCGAGGAGAAGGCUCUUCUUGCCAGGCUCAACGCGCAGAGCAUCAGCACGUACACGAUCGUGCCACAUGAGCGCGUUACGGUCGACAAGGGCGAGACGCAAGUCGUCGAGAAUGUCAUUCACCACAUCCCGCCGCUCUUCCAAGUAAUGCUAACUAGUCAAUCGCCCGCAGACACGAUCGUCCAGCCCGUCUGGCAGCGCGACUUGCACGAGUACUACCGCCUCAACUCGAAUUUCUCGCCCGAGACGGUCAUCAACCGCGGCGGCUCGGCGACGGCCAUCAACAACGCCUCUCCCGCCGCUCAAGCCGGCUACAACCCCUCUUCCUACGCCUCCGUCUCCCACCCGCCCGGCGCGACCGUCGUCCCGCCUUCCGUCGCCGGGCCGUCAAUGAUGGCUCCGCCGCCGCCGAGGGAGGGACACAGGCUUGUUGCGGAUGAGAGGGAGGAGGUUGGUGGUGAGAGUACACGCUACGAGGUCGAAUUCGUCAACCGUGAACCGGUCUUCCACGGUGUUCACGCUGGGCAUGGCAGGCAUGGCGAGCACGGACUCGGGAACAAGUCGAAUCUGCGCUCUGCGCCGGCCGGCUCCCUUCCUACGACCGUCGGCGGCCACGGCGUCUCUCAGCAGUCCACUCCCGCCGCCGCAUCGACCUCCCCUGCUCCUGCGACCGCUCAGUCGAGCUACGAGCGCGGUGCGCUUGGCCAGUCUGGUCUCCAGCAUGGUGCAGCCGGUCAGUCUGGACUCGGCGGCGUCGCUGGUCAGUCCGGCCUUCAGCACGGCGCGACUGGCCAGUCCGGCUUUGAGCACGGCACCACUGGCCAAUCCGGCCUCGAGCGUGGCGUUGAGCGCAUGAACCUCGGCGUCGCCAGGUAG